AAUGCACCGCGGCGAGCGCGGCCCGCGUGCAAGAUGGCGGCGGAGCGGCAGGGCGGCCGCGGCGGGGCGGAGGAGAACAAGGAGAACGAGCGGCCGGCGGGGACGCGGAGCGACGGCCUCAGUGACAGCCUGGGGUUGGAGAUCCUUCAGAUUGUGAAGGAAUCCCAGCAGCAGCACGGCUUACGACAUGGGGACUUCCAGAGGUACAGGGGUUAUUGCUCCCGGCGGCUGAGGCGGCUCCGAAAAACCCUCAACUUCAAGAUGGGGAACAGGCACAAGUUCACUGGGAAGAAAGUAACAGAAGAGAUUCUCUCAGACAACAGGUAUUUGCUGUUGAUUCUGAUGGAUGCAGAGAGAGCGUGGAGUUACGCCAUGCAGCUCAAACAGGAGGCCAACACGGAGCCUCGCAAACGCUUCCACCUGCUGUCCCGCCUGCGCAAGGCUGUGAAGCAUGCUGAGGAGCUGGAGAGGCUGUGUGAGAGUAACAGAGUGGAUGCCAAAACAAAGCUGGAAGCUCAGGCAUACAUGGCUUACCUCACAGGGAUGCUUCGUUUUGAGCACCAGGAGUGGAAAGCAGCAAUGGAGGCUUUCAACAAGUGCAAGACCAUCUAUGAGAAGCUGGCCAAUGCUUUCACAGAAGAACAAGCUGUGCUGUACAACCAGCGUGUGGAGGAGAUCUCUCCCAACAUUCGUUACUGUGCCUAUAAUAUUGGUGACCAGUCGGCUAUGAAUGAGCUGAUGCAGAUGAGGCUGAGGUCUGGUGGCACUGAAGGCCUUCUUGCUGAAAAACUGGAGGCACUGAUUACCCAAACUCGAGCAAAGCAGGCAGCCACAAUGAGUGAAGUGGAGUGGAGAGGAAGAACUGUUCCUGUGAAGAUAGACAAAGUGAGGAUCUUCUUGCUGGGCCUGGCAGACAAUGAGGCUGCCAUUGUCCAGGCAGAAAAUGAGGAGACCAGGGAACGUUUGUUUGAGUCUUUGCUCAGUGAGUGCAGAGACGCCAUUCAGGCGGUGCGGGAAGACCUGAAACCAGACCAGAAGCAACGGGAGCACUCUCUGGAAGGUGAUUCUGGGAAGGUGUCCAACAUACAGUACUUACACAGUUAUCUGACUUACAUCAAGCUGUCCACCGCCAUCAAGCGCAAUGAGAGCAUGGCAAAGUCCCUGCAGAAGGCACUGCUGCAGCAGCAGCGCUCAGAAGAGGAUGGCAAACGCACCCCACGGCCCCAGGACCUGAUCCGCCUUUAUGAUAUCAUUCUACAGAACCUCGUGGAACUGACACAGCUUCCUGGCCUGGAAGAGGACAAGAAUUUCCAAAAAGAGAUUGGAUUGAAGACGCUUGUGUACAAAGCUUACAGGUGUUUCUUCAUUGCACAGUCCUAUGUACUGGUCAAGAAGUGGAGUGAAGCCCUGGUUUUAUAUGAAAGAGUGCUGAAAUACGCUGGUGAAGUUCAGUCAGGAGCUGGAGCUUUUACAAACAGCUUGAAGGAGCUGCCUGACGUGCAGGAUCUGAUCACUCAAGUCAAUGCAGAAAAAUACUCCUUGCAAGCAGCAGCUAUAUUGGAUGCAAAUGAUAAUCAUGAGACUGAGUCUCCGUCUCAGGUCAAGGAUGGCAAGCCACUCUCAGAACGGUUUGAGACCUUCUGUCUGGAUCCUUCUCUAGUCAGCAAGCAAGUCAGCCUCGUGCACUUCCCUCCAGGCUUCCAGCCCAUCCCAUGCAAACCCUUGUUCUUUGACCUGGCCCUUAAUCAUGUUGCUUUCCCACCUCUGGAGGACAAGGUGGAGCAGAAGGCCAAGAGUGGCCUCACGGGAUACAUAAAGGGCAUCUUUGGAUUCAAAAGUUAACCAGGACCCCUCUGAGGAACAGAGGUUUUAAUCUGUGUUGAAGGAGAAGCUCCAAGAGGUUCUAGGACUUAAACAUCUGCACCUGAAACCAACAGAGGGGGAGGCUUUGCCAUCUUCUUCCCUGUGUUCUGUGUGUAUGUCUGUGCACUCACACUCUCUCCUGGUGUAUUAAAGACAAGCAAUCUGUUCAGAAACUUAAGUACACUAUAAAUAGCUGAAAAUAAUUUGGAGCACAGACAAAUGCCAUUCUGCUCGGAGGAGUUGGAGUGUGCUUGGUGGCUGUGCUGGGGGUCGGUACACGUUCACUUACAAGGCACAGGCAUAACUUGAUUCUCCCCCUGCACUGUUAUUUGGCAUGGAUUUUGUUCCAGAAAUUCGGGUGUGAUGGGGAAAUGAGGCGACACUGGAACAGUGUGGGAACAGCCAGGGGGGGCUUCUCCUUGCCUUUCAGCUCCCAGCCCCUGCUGAGGAUCAUGUAUAGUUACGUCAAGAGAAAUUUCUUUAUUGUUUAACAUUCAGCAGUCACAAACCAGAGCCUCUUUCCUUAUCAGUAAGGAUGGUAACUCUUGUAGCAAAUGCUAAUGGUUACCCCUGUUGUGUUGGCGUGUAACUGGAGUUUGUGCUUGGGGCUGAUAGGGUUGUUCUUUGUUGAUCCACGCUCUGUUAGGUGACUAAAUGCAGUAUCAAACCCGUUGCUGCAAGGCUUUUCUUGGGAAGCUGCAGCUCUGUGGGUGGCUGUAGGGAUGGCUGCUUGAUCUUCACGGGAAGCUGGGGCUCUGGGUGUUCAUUCUAUCUCUGAUCUAAACCUUGUCUGUUGCUCUCUCCUCAUCCUUUGCUGGUAGAUGAGCCCGACAGCAGAACUAAGCGACUGCUGGGUUCUUGAGUGUUGGCUCUUGGUUCCCCUGAAGCAGCUGGGUGCUGUGGUGAUGGGCACUUCCAGAAUGCCAGUAACUUCAUAAUCGCAUUCAUUGAAGAGGGAAGGGGGGAGGGGGAAAAAAAAAAGCACAUGGGCAGAACUGGUCCUAAAUAAAGUGUUUGGAAGCUCUCA